AUGCUAAUCGCAAAUAUACUAGCAGACCAACACAGAAGAACUGAAACAAUUAAAAACGAGCACAAAAGGCUGAUGAUAGCCUGGGACUUUGAGAUCUCUAGAAACUCUAUUCCGGAUAUGAAAAGAUUUAAUAUCAGUAACUUAGAGCAUAUGGUUCACCUAUUCAACAAUCAUUUAAAUCAAAUUUGGGACGAUUCACAAGGCAUGCUUAAAUACGAGGAGCAUCCCAAAAGCGAAAACGCAAAAGAAAACAACUCUGCCGAUGCUGUUUUUUGUACAAAUAUUGUUGCAUUGAAUCUUAUGAGGCAGUCUAUCCAUACUAGACAGGCGUUUUUUCAAAUUGUAGAUGGCACCAACAAUUUUUUAGGAAACAGUAACACCGAGGUUUCGGAAAGUUUUAUAUCUGACUCUACCGUGUCGCAGGAUUUGAAAGAUUUUAAGGAGGACCGAAAGAACGAACGAGUUUUAAUGAACUUUGAAAAACCUGACGAGCAUAAUACAACUAGAAUAGACCAUCCAGAUAUAUCACCAAGAAAAAUGGAUUUUGUCGAGCCAGCAGCAUCAAUGAAUUUAGGAAGACCUAUCCGAUUAACGAGCUCACCAUCCACACCAAUAAUCAGUAGCAAUUGUACCAGCCAGUUUUCAUGCUCCCAAAGCUUUUCGCCCGCUUGCAAUUAUUCGGCUUACUUCCCAAGGAUGGAUGACAUUGACAUUGACCAUAAACUGUCUUGUUAUUUUUGUCAAGAAGCAUUACCAUUGAAGAAAAGUUUUUCAGUCCAGGAUAUGAAUUCAUUCAGACAAAACUACACCACCGACGAUGAUAGUGAGAAAGAAUACCAUGAUGAUAGUAGUUUUGAAAUAGCUUCCUUCUAUUACAACAGCGACAAUGAAGACGAGGUAAUUGAGCGCGAAGAGCUUUUGGAAAAAUAUCAGGAUUCUACAUUGAGUGAAAAAUACCAAAUCCCUAAUGAUACAGAAGGUAGCUCAAAGAUAGAAAUCGAACAAGAUAACAAAUCCUCAUCAUCGUCUAUAAUUCAUUAUGAUGGGAAGACAAAACAGCUAAAAAAGAAUAAAAUUAGGCGGUGUAGAAAAUCAGUACAUAAAUAUGGUGACAUAACAUCUACACGGACAUCAAGCCACUACUCUAAAGAUAUUAGCAAAGUCAAUGUUGAGUUGUUAACGACAUCAAAAGAAAGAAAAAGUUUACACGACAGUACAUUGACGACACAAGUUGUAUCGCUUUCCAAUAAAUUGCGAAGGAGCAAAGUUGGGACAUUUAUAAGUAAAAAUUCCGCCAGAACAAAACAGAAUGCAAAAACCAUCAGUUCAUCUCCGAGCAAAAAUGUCAAUCUUUGCAGAAUAUUUUCUUCAAGAAAGUCGAAUUCAACCUCGCUCAUUCAUCAAUAG